GACAAGUUGCUGGAUGACACCAGCAUCACGCACCUGUUCUCGAUUACCAAGUACACCGGCUUGCUUGCCACUGGCCUCACAGCUGAUGCGAGGUCCUUGGUCUCCCAAGCAAGAAAUGAAGCAGCUGAGUUCCGUAAAAAAUGGGGAUAUGAGAUGCCUGUGGAUGUAUUAGCAAAAUGGAUAGCAGACAAAGCACAAAUAUACACGCAGCAUGCGUACAUGAGACCCCUUGGUGUUGUUGCCAUGGUCUUGGGUUACGAUGAAGAGAAAAAUGCUCAGCUCUUCAAGUGUGACCCCGCAGGUCACUUCUUUGGACACAAGGCAACUAGUGCCGGACUGAAGGAGCAGGAAGCAAUAAAUUUUCUGGAGAAGAAAAUGAAGGAUAGCCCCCAGUUCUCAUAUGACGAAACUGUUCAGAUUGCGAUUUCUGCAUUGCAAUCUGUUCUGCAGGAAGAUUUCAAGGCUACCGAGAUCGAGGUCGGUGUUGUGAGGAAAGAAGACCGUGUCUUCCGGUCACUCACGACAGAGGAGAUUGAUCAGCACCUAACAGCCAUUAGCGAGCGCGACUGAGCUAUGUAUGAGACUCGAGCUGUCAAUGGACCAUAAACUGUUAUUUUGUUUCACAGCCAGCCAAGAAACAUUCAGUGAAUCAUUUCAUGUGUAGCAAGAAAGACGGGCAUCCACUCUGCCAUGUAUUAGUUGGAUCAUCCUUUGUGUGGUUGAAUUUGCUACGAUUUAAUUUGAUGUUGCUGGCAGCUGCAUGUUUGGGCUGUUUUUAUCGUCU